CGUCGUCUUGCUCUCGACCGAGCUAUUUGAUUCGAUUCUUAUCAACCCACCAUCCUCCGUGGCCGCAGCUCCGAUCGAUCGAUCGUCGCUGUUAUGCCAUCGGCGGCGCUGGCUGCCGCGCGGGACUCUCCGUCGCCUUCGCCUUCGCCGCACCAUUACCGCGGCCGGCUGCGCUCGCCGCUGGGCAACGGCGGCGGCAAGGGGAACUUCGAGCUGCGGCACUGGCGCACGCCGCUCAAGCGCGCGCCCUCGUGCCCUCCGCCGGGGAUCGAAAUCCCUAUCUUUGCCGACGAUGGCGACGGCAACGGCUACACCAGCCUCCGGGACAUCCUGUCGUCGCCGCGCGGGAGGGGCUCCCCGGCGGCGGCAUGCGGCAUCGGCGGCGGCGCCAGCUGCGGGGACAUACACAUGAUACGCCACCCGCUGGUGAAGCACGCCGCGUACGCGUACCUGCAGAUGACGCCGUCCGCGAGGGAGGACCCCGCCCGCCGCACCCGGAGCUGGCGCGGCCGCGGCCCGCUCUGCCGCCUCCUCCACGGCUGCCUCAGCUUCAUCGGAGCCUUCUUCCGGCCGUGACUUCUCCGCCCCUGCAUGCGGUUCUUGGUUGCACCUGAAUUCUCUUCGAUUUUUUUCUUCUUCAAUCUUUUGUGCGAUUAGAAAUUUUUCACAGAAUUUCCCGGGCUUAUGGUUUGCGUUGUAAUUUGUGUAAAUAAUUUGGUAGGAUUAGACACAAAGAGGGGAAUGAUAGCAAGAAGAGAAAUGAUUCAUGUUCAUACUAACAUAGCUGAUUACUCGUCAUGGGCUUAUGAUUGAGGCAAUAAUGGCAAGGAAAAUGAUCGGAACAGAAGCAUGUGGAGGAAAAUAAUGUAAGUGGAUAAAGAUAAAUCGAGGGAAAAGAAGUGAAUAUAUUUCUAUCACCACAAGUCUA